AUAUGGUGGUUAAGCCACUUUUUGGCAAAAUAACCCAACAACUUAUUUAUUUUUGUAAUGCAAAUUGUUGGGUUAAUCUUAGCAGUACAAUGGCUAAGGUAAAAAUAACCCAACAGCAGGUUGGUGUCAAAAUGACUCAUGAUUGGGUUAUCUGUUGACUUAUUAUUAACCCAACAGUUUUAAAUGAGUAUAUAAAUAUCAACUGUACAUCAUGCUGUGAGAUUUCUGUCAUAUCUCCCAACCCCAAUUAUACACAAAGAAGUUUUAGUUUCAUUUUGUUAGCCCAAGACCGUCCAGAAUCUCCUAUUUCAGUUUUGGUUCAGAACUUAUCGUUUCGAUGCAUCCCUAAUUACAUCUCUCCCACAUGUGUCAUUCCUGUAGAUCUUCAAAAAAAAAAAAAAAAUCUUGAGGAGUUUGAGAUCCACUGAGUGCACUUUGAGAAACUCUACUGGUUGGGGGAGGAGGUUCGAGAGGAAAGCAGGGGGUGGAAGAUGUGAAUGAAAGUAAGUCUGAAGAAGAGAGAGAGAGAUGAAAAAGAGGAGGGGCUACAGCCAACAAGGAGAGCUAUGGGGAGAAAUAAAGAGGCUCUCAGUCACCUCCCCCUCUCUCCUGUGGAGCCCAGCUACAUGACCCCAAAAAAGAGAGAGAGAGAGAGAGAGAGACGGUGGGAGGGAGGGAAUAAGUGAGUAGUGAGGAGGACAGCAGCGGCAGUAUAGAUGCAGCUCUCUUCAGCAUGUCAUGGAUCUGUGGACUGUUCUGGGACCAGCGUGUGGAAUAGUUAUGCAGGAUUUGGUGUGAUUAUCGUGAUUUCGGGAUGCCCUCCGUGUCUCUCAGUCUGCCCGCCGCUCUGGCCGGCCGCGCUCGUACCUGGGUCUGCCUGUCCUGCAUGUUCUGGCCUGAAGAGUUUGAAGCCGUUCAUUCGCACACCUUCCGGCUGAAGACGUUCAAGAAGGGGAAACACUGUGGUGUUUGCAAGCAGACGGUCAACAAUGAGGGGCUCAUCUGCAGAGUUUGCCGGUUAGCCUGUCAUCGGAAGUGUGAAGUCAAGGUCUCGUCCUCCUGUGUUCCUGUCGCCAACUAUGAACUGGCCCCCAGCAAUGAGCUCCCCCUGAAACAUAUCGAGACCACAGGCUCAACCAAAUCCUCCAAGAGCAUGGAGUCUCGACGCAGACCGUCAAGGAGUUUGAGUUUGAUCCAGGCCAUGGAGGAGAACUAUGAGGUGGAUCUGGUUUACAUCACCGAGCGCAUCAUUUCUGUCACCUUUCCCAGUAAUGCAGAGGAGCCCAGUUACAGCGCCAACAUUAAAGAAGUGGCAAACAUGCUGCGCUCCAAACAUGGAGACAACUACCUGCUCUUCAACCUCAGUGAAAAGCGCUUGGAUAUCUCCAAGCUGAAUCCCAAAGUUCUGGAUUUUGGCUGGCCGGAUCAUCACGCUCCUGCUUUGGAUAAGAUCUGCAGCAUCUGCAAAGCCAUGGACACUUGGAUGAACGCUGGCAGUCACAACGUGGUGGUCAUACACAACAAGGGAAACCGAGGUCGAACUGGGGUGGUUGUGGCUGCGUACAUGCAUUACAGCAACAUAUCAGCGAGUGCCGACCAGGCUCUGGACAGGUUUGCCAUGAAGAGGUUUUAUGAAGAUAAAGUGCUUCCUGUGGGUCAGCCUUCCCAGAGAAGAUAUGUGCAGUACUUCAGCGGUCUGCUCUCCGGCCACAUUAAGAUCAACAACAAACCCCUGUUUCUCCAUCACGUCAUCAUGCACGGCAUCCCAAACUUCGAGUCUAAAGGAGGUUGCCGCCCUUUCCUGAAGAUCUACCAGGCCAUGCAGCCCGUCUACACAUCUGGCAUCUAUAAUGUCCAAGGAGACAGUCAGACUAGUAUCUGCAUCACCAUUGAACCGGGCCUGCUUUUGAAAGGAGACAUACUGCUAAAGUGUUAUCACAAGCGUUUCCGCAGCCCAUGCCGUGAUGUCAUAUUCAGAGUUCAGUUUCACACCUGUGCUGUUCAUGAUCUGGGUAUCGUCUUCGGCAAAGAUGAGCUUGAUGAAACCUUUAAAGACGACAGAUUUCCAGAAUAUGGAAAGGUGGAAUUCGUCUUUUCUUUUGGCCCAGAAAAAAUCCAAGGAAUGGACCACCUUGAGAACGGGCCCAGUGUUUCUGUGGACUACAAUACCCAAGAUGCACUAAUCCGCUGGGAUUCCUACGAGAACUUCAACCAGCGCUGUGAAGACUCCAUGGAAGACGUUAUUCACACCGAAGGUCCAUUGGAUGGUAGUCUCUACGCUAAAGUUCGUAAGAAAGAGUCUCUGGAAGGAGGGGUUACAGCCAAUGGUCUCCCAGCUGCUGCUGAUCACACUUUACCUGCUGUAGACCACACUCUACCACCAGUUGACCACGCCUUGUCUGUAAGCAGUGAUUCAGGCAACUCCACAGCGUCCAUCAAGACUGACCGCACUGAUGAAGCCAGCCAUCAGCCAGCAUUGGUGAGUCAGCCAUCUUCCCAGCCCCUCAGCCCUGAGGAGAAACAGGAGCUGGACCAGUUGCUCAGUGGUUUGGAAGCACCAAUGCAUCGCACAGGUUACCAAAGCAGCCCUGGUGGGGGUGGUGGUGGAGGUGGUGGAGUCCUACAUCUCGUCCCUGCCCAGGUACACGUCAAUGGACACAGCAACAUAGACAGAGAGACAGAUAUCCUUGAUGAUGACUUGCCCAUCAGCCAGGAAGGGAACAGUGUGGACAGUCUUGGAACUCUCUCAUCUUUUGAGGGCAGAGCCACUCCUGCGGAUCUAUACUACCAGUCAGAGACAGUCAUUAAUGGACAAGAUAUGCCCUACUUAGAGAAGAGUGUCCAUGAGAAAAUGCUAGAGCCCAGAGUUCACAGCUCAUCAUCUGUCCAAGAGCACUUGGGAGCCCCUAGUGGGUAUGCUAACCAGAAUGGCAACAUCUAUCGAUCUCAGUCAUUAGGAGCAACCCCGAACACAGACCAGAAGUACAUGCCCAAAGCUCCAGCACGCACAACCAGCAGUAGGGAUGCCGUGCAGAGACUGAAUGUUUGGCAACAAUUUGGUGUACCAGAAGUCCCAGUCACAGAUGGGGUCACCUUCAACCCUGUACUACAAUCCCACAGCCUUCCAGAGUUCCCUCAGAUGGCAUCUCAACAAGAGAUUGAGCAGUCCAUUGAAGCCCUCAACAUGCUGAUGCUGGACCUUGAUCCAGCACUUACUCAAGUCCCCAAAUCCCACAGCGCUCCAUCUGGAGAAAGUGGUGUGGUCACCACCCAACCAUCUUUCUCUCAAACCCAAGCACGCCCAUCCUACCAGGCUGACACUGCUAUUCAUGACCGCGGUGCGGCCUCUUCAAUGGGAUUUCCUUUGACCUUUCAACAAGUAACUGGAGAGCCUUCACAACCCACCAUGAAACAGCAGAAACCCACAACUACAUCCCAGCAUGUCGAAUUCGCUUCUGAAGCAGGAGGUCAGGCCCCCAUGUCCCAGUCCACAGUGCCUUCCUCCACCUUUGGAGUUCUCCAGUUGAAACCCCUCAACAUUUAUCCCUCAAGUACCACAUCCCAGUCCCCCGAGCCUCAGGAGACUCAGCGUAGCUACUCUUCUUCCUCAUCCCCUCUUCCCAAAGAGUCUGAACCAGAAGAUAGCAGCUACAAAUUGGAGGGUCUUGUAGCUCACCGUGUAGCUGAGUACACUGCUCGUAUCCGCUGCAUCAAUGACAGCCAGAGUGCUCCCGAGUUUGGCCAUCGCCGCCGCUCUCUCUCCUUCAGUGGACUUCCAUCUGGUGAAAUGUCGCCAGAUGAGGCUGCAGUUCCUGGACGCUGUCGGACCCUUAGUGAGGGCCUUUCCCAAGACGAAAGCCCAACUCGAGGAAGCUCAGUCCGCUCCCCCAUUCGCUGCAUCUCACCAGAGCUGGCCAAUACAAUUGCUCUGAACCCUGGGGGGCGGCCCAAGGAGAGGCACAUGCACAGCUACAGAGAAGCGUUUGAGGAAAUGGAUGGGGGUCCCGUUAGCCCCCCUCCAAUUGUUGGUGGUGAGGUCCUACCCCAAACCCCUGCCUUCCCUGUCUCGCCACAAACCCCUUACUUCAACAUGUGUCGAUCUCCUCCAGGAUUGGCUAAAACACCACUGUCCUUUCUGGGCCUGAAGCCCCACAACCCUGCUGAGAUCCUGCUCAACCAGACAGGCUCAGAGAGUGAGGAUGAGGAAGAGCCUCGUAGUUAUGUGGAGUCUGUGGCGAAGGCAGCAGCAGUACCUGCAUCUCCAACAUAUGACAGCGACAGCUUAGCUCGUCCUGCCGGACCGUCCCAUGCUUACAAUGCUCCACUUUCCUCCAGCAGCCCCAUUCAGAACCCAGAUCCAGUUGAAAGCACAUUGGCUGACAGCGGGGUCGGGAUGAAUUCUUUAUCCCAGGCUGCUGUCGACAUUUUCCAUUUCCAGCCCUCCGAAAUCCCAUACCAACCACCACCACCCCCCUACCCAACCUCCAUGUUGGGUAGCUACAUCAGCCCUUCUCCAGCAGAGGCCAUGCAAAAUAAUACCACCACCAUCCAGCCACUUUCUGGAAGUCCUGGGACAAGACACCACACCAUCCUUUCUGACAUGGCGUCCGUUCCCAACUUUCAACACAGAUUAGCAAAUCAGGAUGGUCCCAUACUUGGGCGACAGCAGGCUCCAGCUAAUGGUCAUGUGCCUGGAAUUGCUGGUAGUCCAGUGCAAGGAAGACACACUAUGGUGUCCCAGGGUACACAAAGCAGUCCCAUACUGAGCAGACAGUAUCCUGUCACCCAGGGGAUUCAGAGUAGUCCAAUUCUCAGCAGGCAGCCAAUGGGACAAGCUGUCCAGAGCAGUCCAGUCCUCAACCGACAGGCAUCCCUGAAUCAAGCAAACCAAAGCAGUCCAGUGUUGAGUAGACAGCAGUCCAUUACCCUACCCAACCAAGGCAGCCCGGUCCUAAGCAGACAGUCCUCGCUUAGUCAUCCCAGUCAGGGUAGUCCUGUACUAGGACGCCACCCUUCCCUAACACAGGGUAGCCCCAGCCUGGAUAGGCAUCCGAUGUACAGCGGUUACACCACUCCAGAAGAGCGACACGGAGCUCUGUCACGCCAAAGCAGCUCUUCAGGAUACCAGCCGCCAUCUACACCGUCUUUCCCAGUUUCUCCAGCAGGAUACAUCGAGGGAGCGGGAUUCAGACAGGGGAGUCCUGCUUUCCAACCUCAGUUGCCCGAAAAGAGACGCAUGUCCAGCAGUGACCGCACCAAUGGUGGCCUGUCCUAUGGGACGCUCAAUGGGAAGAUGUCCUCACCGGUGUCCAGUGGCGGCAGCACUCCGAGUGUUCAUUUCUUCCACACACUCCCCGAUUUCUCCAAACUCAACAUGUGUGAUGGAAGUCCAGAAACCAGAAUGAACGUGAAGUUUGUCCAGGACACGUCCAAAUUCUGGUAUAAACCAGAUAUCUCGAGAGACCAAGCGAUUAACAUGCUGAAGGAUCAAGAUCCUGGGGCCUUUGUGAUUCGGGACAGUCAUUCAUUCAGAGGAGCCUACGGCUUGGCUAUGAAAGUGGCUUCACCACCUCCAACCACUCAACCUACAAAGAAAGCUGGAGAUGUCACUAAUGAGUUGGUGAGGCAUUUUCUAAUUGAGACGAGUCCGAAGGGUGUGAGACUGAAGGGCUGCCCCAACGAGCCGUACUUUGGCUGCCUGUCUGCGCUGGUCUACCAGCACUCCAUCACUCCACUGGCACUGCCCUGCAAACUAGUCAUACCAACCAGAGAUCCUCUGGAAGAGUCACCUGAGAUCGCAACACCAACCAACCCGGCGGCAGAUAUGCUCAAGCAGGGCGCAGGGCAGAAGAGUUCAGCUGAUGGCCAUGCAUGCAAUGUGCUGUACAUCAACUCUGUGGAUAUGGAGUCUUUGACUGGACCUCAAGCCAUCGCCAAAGCCAUUUCAGAAACCAUGAACGCCAGUCCGGCACCCUCAGCCACCAUUGUUCACUUCAAGGUGUCGGCACAAGGCAUCACACUCACAGACAACCAGAGAAAGCUUUUCUUCAGACGUCAUUAUCCCAUCGGCACAGUCACGUUCUGUGACAUUGAUCCACAGGAGAGGAAGUGGAACAAACCAGAGGGUGGCACUGCCAAAUUCUUUGGCUUUGUGGCUAGAAAGCAAGGCAGCACGACAGACAAUGUCAGUCACCUGUUUGCUGAGAUGGACCCAGAUCAGCCGGCCACCGCCAUCGUCAACUUUGUCUCUAAAGUGAUGAUCAGCUCUCAGAAGCGGUGAAGCUCUUCACGCAGCACUGCUUUCCAGAGGACACUUUCCUUUCGCUCUCUUUGGAUUAUAUUUUGAGUUUCUGUAUGUUUGGGCUGUGUGUGAAUGUGAACGUGAGGAAGGGCUAUUGGGACGGCAGUGAGGAUGAUGGACAGAGGAAGUGCAGAGUGGGUGAAGAGGAGUGACGUACAGUAUGGAUGGGAGGUGAUCUUCAUCUCGGAGCAGCAGAUGUGGGAAUGAUGUCAGUGAUUUUGUUGCUUUUUUUAAGAAAAAAAAAGGAAAUGUAAAAAAAAAAAAAGAAGAAGUUAAGGAGGUUAAAAUGUGGGGCUGAUGUACCAAAGAUAAGAGAGCGGUCAGGAUGAACCAAUCGUUAUUCAAGCAUUCUUGUAUAUCUAGAAAAAAACCACGGCUGCUUUGUUAAAACUGUACAUAUGAACCGAAGCAUCACCUCUUUUCUUUCUGAAAGCGGCUCUAGUUUCUGACGCUACAAGUGCAAGACUUUUUUUCCCCCAAAAUCUGGAUGAGUUAAAAACUUUUAAGGGAUUUUACAGGUAACUUGCACAUAAGCUAAAAGUAAGUGAUUCAUCUCCAUUCACUUAAAGGGGUACAGUUCACCUAAAUAUAUAAAUGACCUCAUUUUUACUUCUGUUGAAUACAAAACAAGAUAUUUUGAAGAAUGAUGGUUGCUGCCACCAAUUGACCUCCAUAGUAUUUUUUUUUCUUACUACAGAAGUUAAUUGGUGCCAGCAACCAGCAUUCUUUAAAAUAUGUUCUGUUGUUUUCAACAGAAACACAAUUGAAAAAUACUUAAAUAGGUGAAGAGUGAAUAAAUGAUGACAGACUUUUUAUUUUUUGGGUGAACUUUCCCUUUAAGGUCAAUAAAUACUGUAUGCAGUAAAUAUUUCUUUGCUCAUGAAGGUGCAAUGGAACAGUGCAUGUAUAGUCAGAUUCUAGAUAUUAGUCGCUAAUGUGUUGCCAUAAUUUUUGGACGUAAGGAAAUAAUGUGGUGAUGCCAUUUCGUAAACUGUCAACAAAUGUAUGUAUAGAUUAUAUUUGCUUUUAAGUUAAUGUCUAUAUCUAAGCAUAACUCACAUUUCUUUAUAUAGCACUUCAUAAAAUGCUGAUUUUGGUAAAGUAAUCUCUUGGUAAAAUCGGCAAAGAAGAAAAGGCAUCAUUAUUAAACUCACUCUGUAAAAAAGAUGACAAAGUCAUAACAACAAAUAUUUGUCACUUUCAUUUUAAUCAGAUUUGAACUAAACAUGUUUUUCAGUUAUACAAAGUUUACCCUAAUGUUUUAGAUUAUGUUGUGAUGAGUCAAAGUUCAGUUAAUUCAACUGAGAAAAAAAAUGACAGCAACAGUUUUAGUUUAAUAAACAGUGUCAGUUUUGCAGAGUUCUAUAAAAAAAAAAUUCUAACUGUGAAGCAACUUUUAAACAAGACAAAUCAUUAUUUAGCCUAGCCCAGUUUAGCUACUCAUUAAGUCAACAUUAAUUCAGUUCACUUACUGUCAGUUGCAAAGUUCUUCAUUCAUGAAAUUCAUUUCAAUAAAUUUGAAUUUUAAAGCAGCUUUUUUAUAUAAGAAAACAAUGGUGUCAUUAUAU